GCCCAUGCUGAAAAAGAAGAAUACUACUGGACUCUGUACUCUGGACUUAUGAAACCAAGAUAAAUGUUUUUGGAACUGAUGGCUUCAAAACUGUAUGGCGUCGCAAAGGUGAGGAGUACAAAGAAAAAUGCAUGGUACCUACAGUGAAACAUAUUGGUGACAUUGUCCUUCUGUGUGGCUGCAUGAGUGCUGCUGGUGUCGGGGAGCUGCAUUUCAUUGAAGUUAUCAUGAAUCCACAGUUGUACUGUUCUAUAUUGAAAGAGAAGUUUUCCAUCAUGACAAUGAUCCAAAACACACAUCUAAGGCCACUGUUGCAUUUGUGA